CCUGGUGGACUGGUGGAGCCCUGUGUACACCUGGGGCAGAGCCUGCAGAAGAGGAAGCUGGCCCUGAUCGGGCUGCCCGGCUUCCCACUCCAGAGCCCAAGCCGUCUCAGCUGCUCUCGACUGCCUCUCCCGCUUUGUCUUCCAGUGGAGCGUGACCAUGCCCUGGGCCACCAGGAGCCCCACUGGAAGGAGUUCCGCUUCGAUCUGACACAGAUCCCGGCCAGGGAGGCCGUCACCGCUGCCGAGUUCCGGAUUUAUAAGGUGCCCAGCACCCACUUGCUCAACACGACUCUGCACGUCAGCGUGUUCCAGGUGGUCCAGGAGCACUCCAACAGCAGCUACAUCAGCCCCAACACGACGGUUCAUCUGCACAGUGAGAACGGGAUCCUGGGCUUGGGCCCCUUUCCCUUAGAAGACCAGGUGGACGCGGCCGUCAUCAACGCGGGCAAGCGGACGGUCACCGUGCUUCCCAGGGCCUCUUUCUUUGUCAGCGAUGACUCCUUCGCUAUGAUCCGCGGGGGCCACAUCCAGCUGACCAUGCUGGGCGCCAUGCAGGUUUCCAAACACGGAGACCUGGCCAACUGGAUGAUACCCGGAAAGAAGGUGAAAGGGAUGGGCGGAGCCAUGGAUCUGGGGUCCAGUGCCAACACCAGAGUGGUGGUCACCAUGGAGCACUGCGCGAAGGCAAAGGCCCCCAAAAUCUUGGAGAAGUGCACCAUGCCGCUGACCGGGAAGGGCUGCGUGGACCGGCUGGCGGGCCGACCGCGCGGGCGACGUGGUCUUCGCGGGAGCGCCAGGAACUUCAACGUGCCCAUGUGCAAGGCAGCCGACGUCUCGGUGGUGGAGGUGGAAGAGAUCGUGGACGUGGGCACGUUCCGCCCCGAGGACAUCCACGUGCCCAACAUUUACGUCAGUCGCGUGAUACAGGGGCCCAAACUCCUUCGCUAUGAUCCGCGGGGGCCACAUCCAGCUGACCAUGCUGGGCGCCAUGCAGGUUUCCAAACACGGAGACCUGGCCAACUGGAUGAUACCCGGAAAGAAGGUGAAAGGGAUGGGCGGAGCCAUGGAUCUGGGGUCCAGUGCCAACCCCAGAGUGGAGGUCACCAUGGAGCACUGCGCGAAGGCAAAGGCCCCCAAAAUCUUGGAGAAGUGCACCAUGCCGCUGACCGGGAAGGGCUGCGUGGACCGCGUCAUCACCGAGAAGGCCGUGUUCGAUGUGCACCCGAACAGAGGGCUGACGCUGGUGGAGCUCUGGCAGGGUUCGACAGUGGACGAGGUCAAGACGAGCACGGGCUGUGCCUUUGCCGUGUCCCCGAACGUCAGACCCAUGCAGCAGGGCACAGCGUGGACCCUGGCCUGGCCGGUCUGCUGGGGCGACAGGCAGCACGCGCCAGACAGCCUUUCAUGGUCACCUUCUUCAGCGCCAGCCCGAGUUCCAUCCGUGCCCCUCGUGCAGCGCGGCCCCUAAAGAGGAGGCAGCCGAAGAAAACCAACGAGCUGCCGCACGCAAACAAACUGCCAGGCAUCUUUGAUGUCGUCCACGGCUCCCACGGCCGACAGGUUUGUCGGCGGCACGAGCUCUACGUCAGCUUCCAGGACCUGGGCUGGCUGGAUUGGGUCAUCGCCCCCCAAGGCUACUCGGCCUACUACUGUGAGGGAGAGUGCUCCUUCCCGCUGGACUCCUGCAUGAACGCCACCAACCAUGCCAUCCUGCAGUCCCUGGUGCACCUGAUGAAGCCAGAUGCAGUUCCCAAGGCGUGCUGUGCACCCACCAAGCUGAGUGCCACCUCUGUGCUCUACUAUGACAGCAGCAACAACGUCAUCCUGCGUAAACACCGGAACAUGGUGGUCAAGGCCUGUGGCUGCCACUGAGGCCCCGCUCACCUGCUCCGCUGCAGCCGUCCCUCUCCGGAUCCGGACCCUCUGUAGAGGCAGGAAAUCCUCAAUCCUGAGAUGCUGUCACAUCUCAGACAGGAGUAGUUGGACCCUCACUUCCCAGUCACUUCCUGUCAGGCUUCGGGUCCUCUCCUGGCCCCUUCCCCCUCCCCGUGGGGCUGUGCACAGCUGUCCUGACUGCACUGUCCGGAGUCUGCACUGAAGUCCUACCUUAGGCCCUCCUAUGCCUUCUCGGCCCAGACUGGGGCCAAUCCUGCCAGGUCUGAGAGCUGCUAGAGCCCUAGGCUGCCUUUCCCCACAGGGUUUGAGUGUGGGCGGGAUGGCUCUGCUCUUUCCUAGUGCAGCACAUGGACACUUCCGGGGCAUAGUUAGAUCUGCGCGUGGCCUCAGUACAGUGUGUUUUUAGAUUCCUCUACUUUGGGCCAUGGGCACAUUUAGCUUAUCAGAAAGAGAAGCUGGCUGGGCCCCACGACUGAUGGUGAAGCAUGGGGAACCGAGACAGCACAUGUCUUCCUUUGCUUUGCCCUUCCGCCUGGGGAAGAGCAGGACUCCUAGAGCAGCAAAGGACCUUGGGUUCUCUACCACAUCGAUCCAUUUGGAGAUGAGCACUGACAGAGUUACCUCUGGGCAGAGGCAAGGGCACUGACUGCAGUGGCGGCCCAGGCUGGCACACAGCAGGUGUCACCAAGUGCUUCCCUGUGCCUGCGGCCAACAUCAGUCAUCUACCUGGGAUCUCUUCACACCUGACCAAGGUGUCCACACCCUCAGCCCAGACUGCAGACGGCCACUGCCAGGCGAGGAGCAGUCUACUCCACCCAGGGCAUGGUGACUGGGCAGCCUCUGGCCAGGUGUGGGCCAAGGGUAAGGAAUGUCAGUGUUUGCUUAGGUCUCGGAAUCAAGAACAGGCUGGUCACCAAAGUCUGCAUCACCCUCGGUGCCCAGCAACCCUGUCCUGUUUCUUGCACCUGUGAGACAAAGAAAAGGCCCCUCUCCCAGGGGCGUGACAGGUGGUAAUUGGCUGGGUUGGGUGAGGAGCUUUGUCUCAGCCUCACAGUUUGCAGAAACCACUGUUCUUCUUGGAGCAGCCACUGGGAGUUGGAGUUUAUUUGGUUUCACACUUGCUGAGUCUGUAAUUUACCUGCUAGAACAGACAGAGUCCAGCUGCCUGCACUGUCAUUAAGAGCAGGUCCUGGCCCUGCCCCUGUCCAUACCCACCCCCAGUGGACCCACCCAUGAGCCCUGAGAUACACAUCGCUGGAGUUUGUGCUCUGUGCCCAAGGAGGGGUCUCGAGGAUGUCAGGUAUGGCUGUAGGGCAGAGGCUGGGGCCACGCUGCAGGACAGCAGCCCCUUCCAUCGGGACCUCCCCGUGGGAGUGCAGAGGAAGGCACCCUCCUGCAUAUGCAAAGGUGGGCCCAGGCAGUCUGGAAGGUGGUGAGUUCCCCGCCCCGAGCUGAGGGCUUCAGAGAUUGGCAGGGGUUAGACAGGAUGCAAACUUAGUGUUUGAACAGUCCCUUUUCGUCUCCAAACUUAGGUCUCCUGUCUGUGACAUGAAGCCAUAGGACUUGUGACAGUUGGCUUUCUGUUACUGUAACAAAAUACCUGAGACAAUCAAGCCUGUGCUGCAUGCCUAAGGACCUGGGUUCACUCCCCAGUACUACACACACACACACACACACACACACACACACACACACACACACAUCAACCACAUCAAACCUUGAGAUAAUCAAUGAAAAGGAGGAAAGGAUUGUUUUAGCUCACCCUCUCCGGCUUUCAGUCCAUGGUUUGUUGAGGUCUGUGGCAAGGCGGUGCAUCAUGGUGGGGAGCAAGAGGCCAAGCAAAGCUAUUCCCCUCUCGGUGGCUGAGAAACUAGAGAGAGAGAGGAGGGAUUUUGGAUCCUCCUGCCUCCUUCCAAGCACCCGCAGUGACUGGAAGACCUCCUACUAGGCCCCACCUCGAAGUCUACCAUUUCCGAAUAGUGCUAAGCUGGGGACUGCGACUUUUAAUCCGUGGCCUGUUGGGGGACGUUCCAUUCCAAACUGACAGGAUUCUGCUGCCACCAGACACAUCAUUAGGAUUUGAAGCUGGAGAGAGCAGAGGGAGAUGAAGGGACCAAGAUUACUCUUAAAGUUUGGGACCACGCAGAAUCAUAGCUGGUCAGGAGCUAAUGGCGGCAUGGAGCACCAUGUUCUUUCUUUAUAGUGGAAGGCAAACAGGAAGAGAAGGUGGGCAAAUAGCGCUCCCAUCAAGGCACGCAGCAGGAAGGGAACAGGGAAGGACACACAGUGUAACUGUCCCCCGGGGCUGUGCCACCAGGGUCUACAGACACAGCCUGUUUGACUCUGGAGAAAGGAGCAGGGUUUAGGCAAAAGGUCAUUCUUUCAACCUUCUGUCAUCCUGACCCUCUCCUGUCCCACAGCCUAACACCCCGGCAUGGGACUUGGGAACUUGUCCAACGCUCCCUCCUCCCAAUGUCAGAAAGCAGACCUGGGAGCCAUGAGACAAGGGCCAGCAUUCGAUCUCUUCAGUGCCCAGCAAAUAACCUGCCAUGCUCCGGAGGCACCAGGAAAGUGUGUGAAGUGAAUGUUUUGAACUCUGUCCUGCCUACUAGGAGGUGUGCAAAACAGGAACAUGACGAUCGGGGUGUGGCUCCUUUUUCCUCAGCACACCCCAAGUGCAGUGUCUGUGCCUUACAGCCACGCUCCUCACACAUUAGCCAUCCAGGCAGCCACCAAAUAACAUCCAGUAGACAAGGUCGAAAAGGGAAAUGGCUUUGGACGUGACCUGCGAGGUGUCAGUGUUGUUACCAAAGCUACUUGGUUCUUUGCUUGCAUCUGGCUGCCCGGGUUACACGCGAGACUGCACAUUACUUGAAACACUAAGGGUGGUCACCCCGGUGCCCCAAGAGCAGUAAGUAAACACUACGGGGAGGUGGGGUACAAAGCUGGGGCUCGGUAUGGGGCAAACCCCAUGGACAGCUUCCCUGUGAUGUCCAGCUGAGCCUGCGAAGUCCUACUUUUGGUCUUUAUGUAGUGAAGUGGGGGAUGUGCCACAAGAAAGGCGGCUGUGGACAGGACAGUCUGACUCCAGCCACCACCCUGAGCCUGCCCUGGCCCCCACCCUGCCCUUGUGCGGCCUCCCUCGAGUCAGAGGUGCCCACAGAGAACCCCGCUCUCCUUGGACUUGAGGUUUGGGCCACCUGCCUUCCUAGGAACGUCCUCUAGGAUGUGCCCAGGGCUGCUGCUCACCUCCUUACCUUGUGCUUGCUAUGCUUUUCCUCAAACUUGACUCCCUUGAGAUGAGGUGCAGACCAGCACUCCUGCCUGCCUGGGGAUGGAGGUGGACCAUGGUGUGGACACUGGAAGAGGCAGGUGUGCCCCUCAGGUGUGGUCCUGUGCUGCUAGUGACAGCAGUGCUCACCGUCUCUGCACAGGAAGCUGAGGGGACUUUCUGUCAAAAGUUUCUUUCAGGAAAGUCCUAAGCAGGCAUUUGAACCUUCCCCCUUGCCCCCAGUACUUCUGUAAAAAUAUUUUUACUUACCAAAAAAAUUUGUUUUUUCCUCACAAGAAAACAUUACAUGUGUACUAGGGAAAAUUUCAGGGGAAAAAAUUACAGCACCCCAGAAUCCCAACACUUGGGUAACCAGCGUGAACAAGCCCUCCCAGCCUUUGUUCUUGGCACACACUCGUCUGUACCUGAUAUCUGGCACAGUUAGGGUCAUACUCUAUGCCUGCU